AUGUGUCCCCACUGUUCGAAAACAUUCACUCAAUCGAUAACGCUGAAGAUACACGUCAGGUUGCACACCCGGGAAAACUCCGUACCAGAUAAUGGCAUAGGACGCGAAGUCGACAUGCUGCCCGAGCACAAAGGGCGAGUAUGUAGCAAGGUCUACCGAUCGUCAAAAAGUUUCCAGCUGCACGAGAAGUGGCAUGUCACCGGAAAACUGUUCGAUUGUCGCGAUUGUGGUAAAAAGUAUAACACAUAUGUGGCCAAAUGCAAGGCUUCUAAUACCGACGUGAAGAAAAAGAUCUACUCGUGUAAAAUCUGCAGCCAAACAUUCAAGCAUCAGCAAAGCGGAGUGUACCACAUGAGCAACAAAAACAAACACAAACGGUUCGACAGAGGUUUUGAGAGAUCUGGAGACGGACGAAGGAGAGGCCGAAACUAA